ACUUGAAAUUGAUUUUCUUUAUACACACUCAGACCGAAACAUGUAGUGAAGAUUGUAUUUUUUAAAAUCAAGUACUUAUAAUAAUAUAAUAAUAAGGCCUUUAGUUAUGGAUCUGAUCGGCUGAAAGAUAUAUAUAUAUAAUUUUAAUAAUCAGUUGGUAUAUCGAAAUAUCACAACAGCAUACUGCAGAUAACUGUAAAGAUUUUCAAUUGAUAUCAAAUAAGUUUUUGACUACUUAUGCCGUGUAUUAUUUUUUGCAACAGAAGUUAGAUUAUUAAUCGAUUUUUGCCGUGUUUACUAUAGAAGUUAAAUUUAUCCCAUGUUAUAAAAAAAUGGCACAAAGCGGAGCCCUGAUAACACGUCUAGUGGCGUCUUCUGUAACAGCAGCAACAAGAGCUGGUAAAAUAAUCAGAGAUGUAAUGAGUCAAGGAGAACUGAAUAUUGUGGAUAAAGGGACAAAUGAUCUACAAACUGAAGCAGACAGGUCAGCUCAAAGAUGUAUCGUCACUUCUUUAAGUCAACAAUUCCCAGGUGUUACUAUCAUUGGUGAAGAAGAACCCUCAAACUGUGAAGUACCAUCUGACUGGGUCGUCACUGAUAUGGAUCAAGAAGUUUUAAAAGUAACUCUUCCUCAACACUUGGAAAAUGCUAAAGCUGAGGAUCUUUGUGUUUGGGUAGAUCCUUUAGAUGGAACUUCUGAAUAUACUCAAGGCCUUGUGGAGCAUGUGACUGUUUUGGUUGGUGUUGCUCUUGGGGAUAAAGCGAUUGGAGGAGUGAUACAUCAACCGUAUUUUAAAAAUUCUGAGAAUGGUACCUGGGGUAGAACAAUAUGGGGAAUCGAUGGAGUAGGAAUCGGAGGUUUUAAACCAAUUCCACCUCCUGAAGGAAAACGAAUCAUAACUACAACACGUUCACAUUGUGAUAGUACUGUACAAGGUGCUUUAGAUGCUUUGCAGUCUGACGAAAUAUUGAGAGUUGGUGGAGCUGGUCAUAAAGUCAUGCUUUUAUUGGAGGGAAAAGCUCAUGCAUAUGUUUUUGCUAGUAAAGGUUGCAAAAGAUGGGACACUUGUGCUCCUGAGGCUGUGUUGCAUUCAGUGGGUGGUACUUUAACUGACCUUCAUGGUGAAAGGUAUGUUUAUAACUCCAAGACAAGUUAUCCCAAUGUGGGAGGCGUCUUGGCUACAGCUCCAGGCCAACAACAUCAGUGGUACCUUGCACGCAUUCCAAAUGAAAUAAAGCAGAGACUAGUGUAAAAACAGUUUUCUACGACAAACUUUAUUGCUACAGUAAAAAUGGGUGUAUAUAUAUUAUAUAUUAUACAUGUAUAUAAAGAACAAAAUAUUUCACUUUA